GGGACUGGGCAGGGGACAGGGACAGAGAGGGCAGAUCUGGAGUGUCUGUCUGGGCUCAGCUAGAGCUCUUUGCCCAGGUGGACAGUGAGGCAUCUGAGGCGGCAUCUUGACCGAUAGGUCCCCGGACUAAGAGAUGGGGAACUCCCAGCCCCAGAAGCAGCCCUGCAGAGGGUUCCCUAAAGCUGUCUCCACAGCCCUGCUUUCUGGCUGUCAGUGCCGGUCCCCUCUCGCCUCCUCCUGCAGCCCACUUCCCAGUGUGGGCUUUUUCAUCCCCACUCCCCAUUCUGGAGGCGAUUGCAGUCCAGGAAGAAUUCCAGCCUCCUCUCUUUGCCCAUCCUGGCCUAGGAGGUCCUUCUGCAGAUCUAACCUGGAUAUGUUGUGCUGCAGCUGGCACAGACCUCCUCUGUAUCUGUGGGGAUGGUCCAUGGGAAAAGUCCCUGAGAUACAGGCUCCCAGCAGAUCCUUCUUCUGGGGAAACCAGAGGGGUGAUUGCCUUCCCCACAUCAGGCCUGCCUGGGGUGUCUGAGGAGGGUGCCCUGGAGCUGUGUUUUGGGGGAUGGGGGUAGGGGCCAUCAGGCUACAAGAAGAAAAAGCCCCACUAGAGAAAGUUCCCUCUGAGGUAUUGUCAGUCAUGGAGGGCUUCCUGUAGGAGUUGUUGCUAUAUUCUGGGGAUGGAGUGGGUGCUGGACUGAGGAUGCACUUGUUGUGCUGUGGCCUUCCCAAGGGUGGCUAGUGCCCCAUUCCCACCAGAUCCUGCUGCCUGCCCCUGCUCACCCAUCACCCCCACCUCCCAGGAUCCUUGACUUCUAGUACCAGAGUCCCCAGACCCCUCCUCCCCCUCCCCAGGGCCUGCGUUGUCAGCAUUUAUGGAGAAGGAAAUCCUCCAUGGCCACAACCCUGGACCGGCAGCCUGGAGCUCUGCCUGGUCAUUCUGGCCUCUCCCAUACCCAGGCCUUUGCCAGGUGUCCCUUCCCCUGGAAACACCCUCUUGCCUGUCAAGCUCUCCAGCCGAGUCAGUCUUGUACACUGCUCCGGCUCACAGACUCUUCCUCCAGGUUCUCCCGGGGACUUGCCAAACUUGCUGCUGUGAUUUCUGCCAGCGGGCCGUCUCCCCCAGGGACUGGGUAGGGCACAGAUGGGGCCGCGGGAAGGCGAUGCUAACUGCAGGGUGUGAUUGCACAGCUGGGAGCCUGCACCCACACCCCUCGGCUGGGGAAGUGGGCUGGGCAGCAGGCCCCCCCCUCUGCUCCCCCCUAGACCUCCUGGCUGCCAACCGCUCUGCCAUCUUUCUGGGCCCUCGGGGCUCCCUGGACCUUCGGGCCAUGUACCUGGAUGAAUAUCGAGACUGCCUCUUCCUGGGGGGCCGUGAUGCCCUCUACUCCCUGAGGCUGGACCAGGCAUGGCCGGACCCCCGAGAGGUCCUGUGGCCACCAAAGCCAGGACAGAGGGAGGAUUGUGUCCGCAAGGGAAGAGACCCCUUGACGGACUGUGCCAAUUUCGUGCGGGUGCUGCAGCCCCACAACCGGACCCACCUGCUGGCUUGUGGCACUGGGGCCUUCCAGCCCACCUGCGCUUUCAUCACCGUCGGGCAUCGGGGAGAGCACGUGCUCCACCUGGAGCCUGGCAGUGUGGAAGGUGGCCGGGGGCGGUGCCCGCAUGAGCCCAGCCAACCCUUCACCAGCACCUCUGUAGGCGGGGAGCUGUACACAGGUCUCACUGCUGACUUCCUGGGGCGUGAGGCCAUGAUCUUCCGAAGUAGGGGUUCCCGGCCGGCCCUGCGUUCUGACUCUGACCAGAGCCUCCUGCAUGAGCCCCGGUUUGUGGCGGCCGCCCGGAUCCCUGACAACACCGACCAGGACAAUGACAAAGUAUACUUUUUCUUCUCGGAGUCUGUCCCCUCGCCCGACAGUGGCCCAGGCCCCGUCACUGUCAGCCGUGUGGGCCGUGUCUGUGUGAACGACGCCGGCGGUCAGCGGGUGCUGGUGAACAGGUGGAGCACCUUCCUCAAGGCCAGGCUGGUCUGCUCCGUGCCCGGGCCCAGUGGCGCUGAGACCCAUUUCGACCAGCUGGAGGACGUGUUCCUGCUGUGGCCCAGGGCGGGAAGCAGCCUCGAGGUGUACGCGCUGUUCAGCAUGGUCAGUGCUGUGUUCCAGGGCUUCGCCAUCUGCGUGUACCACAUGGCUGACAUCUGGGAGGUCUUCAAUGGGCCUUUCGCCCACCGGGACGGACCCCAGCACCAGUGGGGGCCCUACAGUGGCAAGGUGCCCUUUCCCCGCCCUGGAGUGUGCCCCAGCAAGAUGACGGCACAGCCAGGACGGCCCUUUGGCAGCACCAAGGACUACCCCGAUGAGGUGCUGCAGUUCACCCGAGCCCACCCACUCAUGUUCCAACCCGUGCGGCCUCAGCAUGGCCGCCCUGUCCUCGUCAAGGCCCACCUGGCCCAGCAGCUGCGCCAGAUCGCGGUGGACCGUGUGGAGGCAGAGGACGGGAUCUAUGACGUCAUCUUCCUGGGGACUGACUCAGGCUCGGUGCUCAAGGUCAUCGCCCUGCAGGCUGGGGCCUCUGCCGAGCCUGAGGAGGUGGUUCUGGAGGAGCUCCAGGUGUUCAAGGUGCCAACACCCAUCACUGAGAUGGAGAUCUCCGUGAAAAGGCAAAUGCUGUACGUGGGCUCACGCCUGGGCGUGGCCCGCGUGCGGCUGCACCAGUGUGAGACUUACGGCAGUGCCUGCGCUGAGUGCUGCCUGGCCCGGGACCCCUACUGUGCCUGGGACGGCGCCUCCUGCACCCGCUACCGGCCCGGCACCGGCAAGCGUCGGUUCCGCCGGCAGGACAUCCGGCACGGCAACCCGGCCCUGCAGUGCCUGGGCCACAGCCAGGAAGAGGAGGCUGCAGGGCUUGUGGCCACCCCGGUCUACGGCACGGAGCACAACAGCACCUUUCUGGAGUGCCAGCCCAAGUCUCCCCAGGCUGCCGUGCACUGGUUCCUGCAGAGGCCAGGGGACAGGGGGCUCGACCAGCAGGUGAAGACGGAUGAGCGCAUCCUGCAGAUGGCACAGGGGCUGCUGAUCCGCCGGCUGAGCCGCCUCGACGCAGGCAUCUACUCCUGCACAACGCUGGAGCAUGGCUUCUCCCAGACUGUGGUCCGCCUGGCCCUGGAGGUGAUCGUGGCCAGGCAGCUGGACAGCCUGUUCCCCCAGGAGCCGCGGCCGGAGGAGCCCCCCGCCGGCGGUGGCCUGACCUCCACCCCACCCAAGGCCUGGUACAAGGACGUCCUGCCGCUCAUCGGCUUUGCCAACCUGCCCCGGGUGGAUGAGUACUGCGAGCGUGUGUGGUGCAGGGGCGGUGAGCGCUCGGGCUCCUCUCGGAGCCAGGGCAAACCCGCCAAGGGCAAGAGCUGGGCAGGGCUGGAGCUGGGCAAGAAGGUGAAGAGCCGGGUGCAGGCUGAGCGCAACCGGACACCACGGGAGGUGGAGGCCAUGUAGAGGGACCGAGAGAAGGGGGUGGUAGGGAUGGGUGCCCCCCACACUGCCACCACGCCACCCACAGGAGAGGCGGGAGGCCUGAAGGAGGGGUGCCGUGCCCGAGGAAUUUCCCUGCCCCCUCUGCAUCCUCAGUCCCAGGUAGGAGCUGGCACUCUGGCUGCUGGCAGUCCCGGGGGGCCAACCAUUUGUUCUCAGAGGUGGCCUGGCUUCCGGAGCUCCAGCCCAGUGGUGCCCAGAGGAGAGAGGUUGGGUGGUACUUUCCCAGCAGGCAGAACAAUAGCCAUUCUCAGUAACCCUCAGAGUGGGUGUGUGGGUGCAUCUGGGGAGGCGUCUGUGCUGGGGCCCUCAGGCAGCCAGAGUAGGGUAGAAGUAGCCUCGAAGCCACUUAAGAAGAGCCUGUCCUGAAGGAGUUGGGCCUUCUCUGGGAAAAAGACCAUGGGGAGGGAAAUUGGAGGUGCUGGGAAGGUGGAGCAGUGAGACGCUCCUCUGCUUUGGGGCUCUGAUGUGUUGGUGGUCCCCUGACGCUGCCCACUACCUCGUCUCCAUCUAAGAAGCACAGAUUGCUGCAGCUUCCUGGGCCCUGGGGCUGGCCUGGGCCUCUGGCCCCGCUUCAUAAACCAGAGGGGGCUGUCUCACAGCCUGACUGCCCUUCCCAGGCUCCAGGGCAGAUUUCCUGGAAGGUCCACACCCUCCCCACCGCCAGCAUCUCCCCAGGCUCCCGUGUCAUGCCGAUGAGCAGCAGGAGGAUGGCUUCUGGGAGAAGUACCCCCCAUCUCUGUGGCCUGGAGAGCCGGAUAAGGGAACUGGGGAAGACAGAGGGUGGGAGGAGUGGGUGAGUCACCCACGGCCCUGGGAGGAUGGGAACAUGCAGCCCAGGGAGCUGUAGCUGGUGUCUGGACCGGAGGCAGGGCUUGUCUGGGGCCCCAGAGGACUGCGCACCUUCCCAGUGGAGAGAGGGUGAGAGGACCUGGGAUGGGCUAUGGGACCCAAGAGAGGCGUCGUCAAGGACUCAAGAUGGCACCAAUUAGCUCAGGACCACCAAGAGGCAGGCCAGACACUGCCGACCCUGGGAUCUCUGGUUUCUGCUGAAUGAGGGUUGGGAGCAGAUGGUUCAUUUACAAAGCCUUUUUUCUUCUAAGUGAAAAAAAAUGUAGGAAAAAAGCUGCUAAGAACUGUAAGUCCUUCUGGUUCUUGGGGCCAAGGCAAAGCUUGAGUGGAUGGGACACUUCUGCCUGAGUGCCUAGGGGACAUUUUUUUUUUCCUUCAGCGGUAACGUGGCUCCCAGGCUGGGGAGCAGGAGAGGAGGAGGAGGAGGACUAAAUGAAAAGUAGUUCCCAGCGUGUGUAUGAACAAGUUAGUGACGCACAAAACCAACAGGAGGAAGACAAGAGCAUUGGGUCUGAGAGUCCCUGUAUAACAAAACAAAACAAAACCAAGAAGAUAGGAGGAAAACAAAAGAUAAAAAACAAGACAGGGCUCCCUGCUCCACAGCAACUCAAACCCAGGCUGGCAUCUGCCUUGGGUUUUCUCCCCCCACCUCCUCCACAGCCCUGUCUAAAACAGUACCUCCUCCUCUCCACCUUGAUCUUACUGCCAGGAAAGCAGAAGCCCCGAGCUGAACACUUUAAGAAUCCUUCCUGCCCGGGGCUGCCAUCUGCUGGGAUGUCAGUGGGUGAAAGCAGAGGAGAGAAGGAGAGAUUGGGGGGUGGCACUGGAGAGAAGAGGGGAGAAGAGACAAUGGAAGGUGGGGGCAGAGCUCCAGAAAGGGUAUCUGACUAUGCAGCCAGCUCUGCUCCCCUAUCCCAGGGGAGCCAGAAAGAAAUGGCCUGGCCCAGGCUUGGCAGGUUCCAGGCAGGGUCUUCAGGGGAGAGACCCUGGAAAAUGGAGGGAGGAGGGGCACAAGGUCCUGAACAAUGAACACCUUCCCUUGGGAAAGUCUGGACAGCUCACCCGCAUCUCCGUCCCUGUGGUACUGUGUGUUAUUGACUCCUGAAACAGUGCUUUCUGUGUAAAUUCUAUUUUUGUAUUCAUUAUGUGGAGAUGGACCUUGUGGUUUCUUUGACUUCAGAACACACUUCUUGUAACUAC